GAUUUCUCAUCGGCGCAGUUCUUCCAGCGAUAUCUCGUUCACGUUUGCUCACGAAAGGCGGCGGGCACUUGCUUUAGUGGACAGCCAGGUGAAGGAUGGAUACAGGGGAGCCCAAAGCGAAGAAAAUCAAACUUGAGAAGAAAAAGAUCAGUCAGAAUGCACUGUUUGGCAUGGGAAAUCCCCUACUUGACAUCUGCGCUGUGGUGGACAAGGAUUUUCUUGACAAGUAUACACUCAAGCCAAAUGACCAGAUUUUAGCAGAAGAUAAACACAAGGCGAUGUUCGAAGAGAUCGUGAAGAAGUUCGCAGUGGAGUACCGCGCUGGUGGUGCCACCCAGAACUCGAUGAAAGUCGCCCAGUGGAUGAUCCAGAAGCCCUCCAAAGUUGCCACAUUCUUUGGCUGCAUCGGGGAGGACCGGUUUGGGGAGAUCCUGAAGGAGAAGGCCCAGGAGGCCCAUGUGGAUGCACACUACUACGAGCAGAGCAAGGAGCCUACUGGGACCUGUGCCGCUUGCAUCACAGGCGACAACAGGUCUCUUGUUGCUAAUCUGGCAGCUGCCAACUGCUAUAAGAAGGAUAAACACCUGGACCUGGAGGAGAACUGGAAGCUGGUAAAAAAAGCCAAAGUCUACUAUAUUGCAGGUUUCUUCUUGACCGUGUCGCCGGAGUCGAUCCUGAAGGUGGCCAAGCAUGCCUCGGAGAACAACAAGAUCUUUGGGAUUAAUCUGUCUGCCCCCUUCAUCUGUCAGGCAUUCAAGGAUUCCCUUCUGAAGGUCAUGCCAUAUGUGGAUGUCCUGUUCGGCAAUGAGACGGAGGCUGCCACGUUUGCUCGGGAGCAGGGCUUUGAGACGGAAGACAUUGUGGAGAUUGCCAUGAAGACCCAGAGCUUACCCAAGGUGAACAAGAAAAGACAGAGAAUUGUGGUCUUCACUCAGGGCAAGGAAUGCACUGUAAUGACCAAAGGUGACAAGGUGGAGACGUUUCCUGUUUUACAGAUUGAAGAGAGUGAAAUUGUGGACACCAAUGGAGCUGGAGAUGCAUUUGUAGGAGGUUUCCUGUCUGAGCUUGUGCAGGAUAAGCCUCUGGAACAGUGUAUCCGUGCUGGACACUAUGCUGCUAACGUCAUCAUUAGACAUGUGGGCUGUACACUUCCAGAGAAGCCUGACUUCCAUUGAGAAAACAAGUAGAUUUGACUGCCUAGUCAUAUAAGACCGAGAUCUUCCUUUUCCUUCUUAACUUUUGCUUUAACCUCCUUCGUUCCUCUUGCUCUUCAUGCUUUUAGACUUCUGUGCCUCUCCUUCAAGUUCAGGCAGGCCCACAUCAUGAUGGAAUCAUGCAAAUAUUUAACUUAAUAACAAACACAUGUUUACAAAAAUAAGCAACAGACUCUUGCUAUAAAUAGCUAUUUGUUUGUACUAAAACGUUAUUGUUUCUGUCCCCUGCACUAAAACCAUUUGCAGAAGACAGGUGUAUAUAAUAAUCAUUUUCCAUAAGAGAUCAUUUAUUUGAGCUAUGAAAAAAAAAGCAACCUAUAAUUGAAUACCUGCUAGAGAAGCAGGAGCGGCAUGCUUUGCUUUGAUUGGUUAGGGGGCACCGAAGUUCACAAAUGUUUUUAAAGGCCAGUCUUGUUCUAAAAAGGCUAAAGUGAUUUGUAAGAUGGUCACUUUUAACUAAGCAGUAAUAGAGAUGAAAAAUCUUCGCAUGCAUGUUUGUGAUAUGGAGUGUGGAUUUGUCUGCAUUUUGCAGCUUUUGAAUACACAGACUCUGGAAAACUGAAAAAAUUAAAGUCCUCAUCACCUCCGCCUUCAUCUUCUCGUCUCUGUAUACUUCCUUGUAUGGUUUAAUACACAUUGUAAUAUAGAGAACAGAUGUGGAAGUUUAAUUUUUAUGGAUUUAAGCAUAAAUCAUCAUAUUACGUUGAUAUUAUUCUUAUGUUGAUGUCACAACAGUAUAUAAACAUAGUCUUUGAUUCCAUCACAUAUUUAUCACAAGAUAAGUAUGAUCAGCACAAGACAUCGUGUUUUCCAUUAGUCUACCGAACCUGCUUUAUUCACCAUACUUAAGCUGGUUAUGCUGCAGUUGGAGCCCUUAACUCCUUACUUGUCCCCUUGAUCACAGUGGCAGACCUGCAAGAGGUUGCCUCUGCUACAGGAUUAGUAGCAGCUAUUCAUGGCCAUCAUUGGGGAGAACUGAAAAUACAGCUGUCCCCUUUUGUCCCCUUCUGGAUGUGGAUGGUGACUCAUGGCAAGUCCAGGUCCAGAAGCCAGAGGUACAGAACAUGGUCUCCAUGUUGGACAGACUGGUCUCGGUGCUUGCAUUCUUAAACCCUGUGAGUCUGUAUACAUGCCUGACUUACAGCAAUGGCCUUUAGAGCUCAUUCACACAUCUGCACUCAGUCCUUCCACCCACUCUCACCCAUUGUGUUUCAGUGGUUUUCCUCUCGUCUGCCUGUUUUACAUUAAAGUUAUGUUCUCAGGACCUAAAAACGUUGUCAACUUCAUACAAUAUUGAAGUUGUAUUGCAGGUAUCUUGGAGUUUGACAACUUUUCUCAAUAACUUUUCAUGCUAAGAAUUCAUGUUAUAAAUUAAGCAUAUGAUGGUGUUGGUUCUAUUUAAAAUAUAUUUUUGUAAAAUGUCUUAUUACCAGUAGCAAUAUUGUGAAUGUCUAACUGAUUCUAGGCAGUGUUAUUGCCUGUACACUUUGGAACAGUCAACUUAAAUUGGGAUAACUUUGGAGGGGCAAUGUUUUAAAUAAACAUUAAUUGUUAUCUGUUG